GUUUCAUAUUUUUACACAUGACGAAAAUGCAUAAACUCCACAGAAGGCAGCAGUCGGCUGAGCACACACAGGUGGAGAAUGACCAGGAGGAGUUUUCUCUGAGUGGACUUGUACGACCUGCAUUGUUUUAGAGUCCUGCGCUUUGGAAUAUGCUCUUCAUCCUGAUCUGUGCCUCUCGUCCCUGCCACUGAGUUCGUACAGUCUGUAUCGUUUUUGUUUUCUUUGUUUUCUGUUGGUCACUGCAGUCUUUGAUUAAUGCAAGCAUCGUCAUGUUCAUCAGAACAACUUUUCUCCUUUACUUUGUGGUCUCACUCUUAAAGCUUGCUCGCUGCAUGGAAAGUGAACUUUGCUUCCCGAUUAGACUGAAUAGUGAUGACGGGACGGAUUCUGAUAACGACGUUGAUAUCCUUAAUAAAAAACGCGUCCUCAAGAUAAAAGCUUUCCAGCAGGAAUUAGUGAUCGAUUUACAGCGAGACUCUAAUUUCAUAGCCCCUUCCAUUUCUAACCAAGGCGCGCUGUGGCUCUCCGAUACCGAUGCCCCCACUGACCUGACCCGGUGUUUUUAUUCCGGAUAUGUGAACGCUGAUCAGUAUUCUUAUGCUGCUCUAAGCCUCUGCAAAGGUGUACAAGGUGCAUUUGGCUUUCAAAGCUGGGAAUAUUUUAUCAGCCCGGUACAAAAUGACACCAGAAGCGCAGAGAGCGCGCACAUCAUCCGGCGCAGAACCAGCAAUAACCUGAAGCCCAGCGCUACCUCCAGGUGCGCAGUGGACAGCGACCUAAGCCUCCAGGCUGCGCAGUCCUUGGAGAAAUACAAACGACUGGCAGACCACAGCAAUGUGACCGAAACGAUGCUGAAGAGGAUGGGGAGAGCCAAAAGGUUCGCCUCGAUCCCCAGAUACGUGGAGACACUUAUCGUGGCAGACGAGUCCAUGGUGAAGUUCCACGGAGAUGACUUGAAACACUACCUCUUGACACUCAUGUCAGUAGCGGCGAAGCUGUAUAAGCACCCUAGCAUCCUCAACUCCAUCAGCAUUACAGUUGUGAAGAUCAUGAUUAUAUCCGAGGAAGACAAAGGACCCAAGGUGUCGGGGAACGCAGCCAUGACCCUGCGGGACUUUUGCAUUUGGCAAAAAAAGAUGAACAAAAACAACGACAAGCAUCCUGAGUACUGGGACACAGCCAUUCUUUUCACCAGACAGGACCUCUGUGGGGCCUCCACCUGUGACACACUCGGCAUGGCAGAUGUUGGCACCAUGUGUGACCCCAAGAGGAGCUGCUCUGUAAUCGAAGACGACGGCCUUCCUUCAGCUUUCACCACUGCUCAUGAGCUUGGGCAUGUGUUCAACAUGCCACAUGACAAUGUUAGAUCCUGUGAGGACCUGUUUGGGAAAAUGCAGGAGAACCACAUGAUGUCGCCCACACUUAUUCAGAUCAACCGCACCAGCCCCUGGUCCCCCUGCAGCGCCGCUAUCAUCACUGAAUUUCUGGACCGUGGGCAUGGUGACUGUUUGCUUGACCAGCCUCAGAAACCCCUAGUCCUCCCUGACGUGCUGCCAGGAUCAUCCUACAUCCUCGAACGUCAGUGUGAGCUAGCCUUCGGAGAAGGCUCCAAACCUUGUCCCGUCAUGCAACCCCAUUGUGGUCGUUUGUGGUGCACUGGAAUGUCCAGCGGACAUUUGGUGUGUAUGACUCGGCACUUCCCCUGGGCAGAUGGCACCCAGUGCGGGGACGGACAGGUCUGUGACCGAGGGGUUUGCUCUGACAAACAGGAUCACAAUGUGAAGGUGGACGGCCACUGGGGUAAGUGGGGCCUAUUCAGUUCCUGCUCGCGCACAUGCGGUGGUGGUGUCCAGCUGUCAAAAAGGGAGUGUAACAACCCAGUUCCAUCACAUGGGGGUAAAUACUGCAUUGGGGUUCGGGUCAAAUACCGCUCCUGCAACCUGAACAGCUGCCCUGACACAGGUAAGACAUUUCGUGAGGAGCAGUGUGAGACUAGUGGCCAAAGAUUCAACAGUAACCGUUUCAGCCACUCUGUGGUGUGGGUACCCAAGUACUCUGGAGUGUCCCUCAAUGACAGGUGUAAACUCAUCUGCAGGAGUAAUGGUACGGGCUACUUCAACACCCUGGAAUCAAAGGUUGUUGAUGGGACUCCAUGUUCGCCAGAUUCCACGGGAGUGUGUGUCCAAGGAAAGUGCAUUAAGACCGGCUGUGAUGGCAAAAUUGGCUCCACUAAGAAGUUUGAUAAGUGUGGAAUGUGUGGUGGUAACAGCAAGGGCUGUAAGAAAGUGUCUGGACUCUUCACAAAGCCUGUGCAUGGCUACAACUUCGUUGUCAUGUUGCCAGUGGGUGCAGCCAAUAUAGACAUCCGUCAGCGAGGCUACAAGGGAAUGGUCAAUGAUGACAACUACUUGGCGGUGAAGAAUAGUGAUGGCCAUUACCUGCUCAAUGGGAACUACAUAGUGUCAGCUAGCGAGAAGGACAUCUUUGUAAAGGGAAGCUUGCUGCGCUAUAGCGGCACAGUCGGCCUCUCAGAGACCAUACAAGCCGUGAAGCCCUUACGAGAAGCCCUGACUGUGGAGGUCCUGUGUGCAGGCAGGAUGACGCCUCCUCGCAUCCGUUACUCCUUCUACCUCGCCCGUCAGAUCAAGGAGGACAAGACUCUGAAGAAGGAUGGGAAUGCAAACUCCCACAACAGUGUCCUGGAUGAAGAUGGUGUCAAGGAGAAAGACACAGAUACCCUAAAGAUGUCUUAUAAAAAGGAGGAUCCAGCUCUGGACAAAUGGGUAACCACAGGCUGGGACAAGUGCUCCGUUUCCUGCGGCCAUGGGGUCCAGAGGAGGUUGGUGCAGUGUCUGAAACCGGACGGGAAGCCAGGGUGGAACUGUGAUUCUUCACAAAGACCCCCAGCCACCAGGGUUUGUGAAGAGCCAUGUGCUGAGUGGCAUAUUGGGCAGUGGUCACCCUGCUCCAGAACCUGCGGGAAGGGCUUCAAGAGACGACCACUGCACUGCCAAACCCAAACUGGGCAUCUUCUCACAAGAGGUGACUGCGAUGGCAUUCGGAAACCACAGGAGCUGGACUUCUGUAACAUAAGGCCUUGCUAGUAACUUAAACCUAUAAACUACACAUAUUUUUUUAAAGUUUUAAAUGGGUGAAUUGAUUCCACCUGUAAGUAUCUCCUGUGCCUGUCAGAUGCAGAUUUUAUCACUUGGACUGUUAGAGGAUGAUGGACACCUGAUUGGAAGAAUGUCAUAACUAUUGGAAGGAGAAUCAACCCUGGAAAAUGAAUGCUGGAAAACAUUUCUCACUGCCAUUACCCAGACUUUGCUAAGCAUUAUCCAGGAGUAACUUUGAUGGCGAUAUAACAUAAAUAAAACGCAAAUAAAACUUACAGCAGAUGCAGAAUGUCCAUUUGCAGCAAUUCAUGUCAUAAUACUUUAACUCUGCAGGCUUCAAAGUUUUAGUUGGAUCUUGCAGACAGAUUACUGAAACCUGCCGUUAGCUUAUAGAAUGCAAUCUUGCAGUUGAUUCUGAAAUGAAACUGAUAUCAUUUUCAUUGUUGUAUGAAUACUUAUAUGCAGCUUUCUUCAUUAGUACCAACAUGUUUUUACAGUUUGGUGGUUCACAGCUGAAGUGAAUCAAGGCUGCUAAAAGUUUUAGGAGUAAAACACACUAAACAUAUGAUAAUUAUCUAGCCAGGAAUUCUUCAAAAGUCAGAAAGAAAUGACCUUCGCUGUAGACAUUGUGUUUCAAUUUAAGCUUGAAUAUGAAGUCACACUGGCAACUUUUCAUGACAAGACUAAACAACACAGGCCAGGAAACACUGACCUAAGAUACAGACCUAGCCAGACAUUAUAAGCAUGCAAACACACACAGACUGCAUUCAGCUCUUCUCUCUCUUGUGAUCACUUCCUUCAUUUGACCUAAACAGUGUUCUUCAUAGUUAGCCAGUCAUAAAGCCUGUUAAGUCAUGCCUGUCUGGCACAGUUAACACAUAUAAUUUAUUAUCAAUAAAACAAUAAAUCACAGAGACACUGUGUUUUCCUGGAUCCCCUCCGCUUAUGGCCUCAUAGCCUGAGCCAAGCUGUUCUGUCUGCACACUCAGAAUCCUGUAAUCUAUUAUGUUCUUUUUCAUUUGAAGGGGUCGCGUUCGCCAGUCCAACAUCCGGCUACAGGAUGAGUCUUAUGUUAGUUGGAUUUUUUUAUUUUAUUUUUUUAAAUCAGCUUUUGCACUUUGUACAGCAAAAGAAACCAAUGACCUACACAGGCUGUACUGUAUGCUGUGUAUACAUUUAUUCAGCUCUGUGCAAAAAAUAAUGUAAAUACUCUUUCUUAAAUUCUUUUUUUUUUACACAGGCAUUUGUAAUGGUUUUUGACUUC